CUUUUAUGUUGCUCUCCGUCUCUUUCUGGGUCCCCCAUCUCCUCUCUCAUCUCCAUCUCCUCUUGUAUGACAAGCACGGACAGCGCGCGAGCUCGGGGGAGAAAAAGGCAUUGCAGCUUCAUGGCACUGAGCUAUGAUUCACUCUCUUGCAGCAGCAAUGAGCAACCAACUUCAAAACACCUCUUCCCUCUCCACGGCGGGCACGUGGAAUCUCCUGGACGUGCGGAACUCAUCACCGGUGCGGACGACAGAGCUGAGGCCGCUUCCCGUUAGCCCGUGGGACAUUGCACUGUGCGUGACAGGCACGCUCAUCUCCUGCGAGAAUGCGAUCGUGAUUGCCAUCCUGUUCUACACGCCCACCUUGAGAGCUCCCAUGUUCAUUCUGAUAGGGAGCCUCGCGUUCGCGGACCUGCUCGCAGGACUCGGCCUCAUUCUCAACUUCGUUUUCAUCUAUAUGCUGAACACGGAGUUUGCGACUCUGAUCUCCGUCGGCUUGCUGAUCGCCGCCUUCUCCGCAUCAGUGCUCAACAUCCUGGCUAUCACAGUGGAUCGCUACUUGUCCCUGUACAACGCUCUGACCUACCACACAGAGCGCACGGUCACAUUCACCUAUGUUGUGGUGGUUCUCAUUUGGCUGGUGUGCAUCACCCUGGGCCUACUGCCAGUGCUCGGCUGGAACUGCCUCAGAGACGAGGCCAGCUGCAGUAUCUGCCGGCCGGUCACCAAGAACAAUGCUGUGGUGCUCGCUGUGACGUUCUUGCUGGUGUUUGCCCUCAUGAUGCAGCUUUACCUACAGAUCUGUAAGAUUGCCUUCCGCCACGCACAGCAAAUCGCUGUUCAGCACCAGUUCAUGGCCAUUUCCACCACAAAAGGCGUGUCCACGCUCUCCGUCAUCCUCUGCACCUUUGCCGCAUGUUGGAUGCCCUUCGCCAUGUAUUCGAUCGUGGCAGACUCCAGCUACCCAAUGAUCUACACGUAUGCAACAGUGCUGCCCGCGACAUGCAACUCGGUCAUAAACCCAAUCAUAUACGCUUACAGAAAUCCGGACAUCCAGAAAUCCCUGUGGCUAGCCUGCUGCGGAUGCGUGCCGUCCAACUUCUCCUUGCGGCCAAGGACAUCGAGCGACGUAUAAGUCGGACUACCCAUGAGUUAUGUCUAUCUCACAUAAUUGGUUUGUACCGCGUCAGUGUUAAUGAUAUGAUGUUUUCCCUUGAUGGGAUCCCAGUCAAUCGUUGUGGGUUGUAGCUGUUGCGAUCCAAGAUGUCAACCUGCAAAUGUAUAAUUAGAUGUCUUUAAUGCAUAGUACACCUCUAUGCACAAAAUAUCAAAUCCUAUCAGAUAUGAAACAGUUCAAACUGAACAUGAUCUAAAUAAUCUAGAUAUGUCAUACAGGCCCAAUGACAAAAAUCAAUACACUAUAUAUAAAAAAAAAACAAAAAAAAAACACCAUUAACAGUGAAAUGAUUACAAAAUCAACCCAAUUUGUGUGAAGAAAGCUGUAAAUUGUGAACAGCUUUCAUGUACACGACAAUGCUAUAUAGAAUGCUUUCAGCACCACGGACAGCGGAGGCACAAUGAGGCUAUUCCCUUGCAAACCCGCCUCUAACACUUAUAUCUGUGUUUACUAAAAAAUGUAUGAAUGACAAAAAGAAAACACAGUCCCGUGAGUGAAAAUUAUACCGCUUCUGGCGUCUGUUGCUUUACAGCCAGUUUUAUUAAAUCACUUUUUUUUUUAGUUCAUCUCGCUAGCUGAAAUUAUGAUGUAAGAAAAAAUUACCCCUUUUCAUUUAAGCGCAAUUUAUUUGUUACUACAAGUCUUUUGCGGUGAAAAUUCAUAUCAUAAAUUUAAGAUUCCCUGGGAAAAGCCUAUUUGUUUAGACAUGCUGAAUUUUUUUUUUUUUUUUUUUUUAAUUGUCUGGUGUCCCUAAUGACUUCAAAAUUUCUGCUGCCACAAAGUUGUGAGGCAAAUCAUAUUUUCAAACAUUUUUGGUCUCUGGAAUCUUUUGUGCACACCUUUUGGUUUUAGUGCAUAACAGCGAAUUAAUGAAAGUUUAAGCUCAAAAUGAGGUGUCAGCCACAAUGCUUUAAAUACGACACAGACUCUUUCAAAGCAAUUUUGCAAAAGACCAACUGGGACAGGAAUGAGACAAAUGCUUUGGGUCUGUACAGCAAAAAUUAUCCUGGUGAUUAUCAGAUAUAAUUGAGUGUGUAGACUGUACAAUUAGUCCGUCAGAUCAGAGAUCAGUGUUAGGGGCAGGCUUGUGUGUAAACAGAUCUACAUGUAGGCCUAUUUAAUGGUCAUAUAAUUAGGCCAAAAUGGGACAGAAGGGACUUAAGUUAAGAUUCAGCCAAAAAGACCUUGAAGUGGCAUGUGAGAUUUAAAAAAAACACAUUACUGAAUCUGCCACAUCGGAUAUAAUGCUGUACAACCAAAAGACACACAAAAAACUCGAAAAACAAAACCGAGAAACAUUAUGACUCUCAAAAUGGCGCAAAUGAAUCAUCACUAACAGCUAAAUACUCUCAGAAAAAAAGGUAUGGCUCUGUCACUGGGGCAGUACCCUAAGGUACAAAAGUGAAAAAGUACAUCUUUGUACCUUCUUUCCCCCUAAAAUGUACAUAUUAAUACCUUAAAGGUACAGUAUUAGUACUUUAAAAGUACAUAUUAGUACCUUUUCAUUUUUUUGUACCUUACGGUACUGCCCCUGUGACAAGUGCGGUACCUUUUUUUCUGAAAGUGAAGGAUUAGUUGUAAUAUAUUUUAUAUGCAUAGAUAUUUGUGGAGCUUAAAAUAUGACCAUAACAAAGCCUUGUGUUUUCAAGGGGUGGGGUGGGGGGGGGGGGGGCUGUUCUUUGACAACCCCUCAUUUGCAGCAAAGAAUCUUAAUUUAGGCCUUACCUUUUCUCUUCUGCAAUAAUGAAUCAGCUUGUACCGUUCACUGACAGAGCUACAAUCACAAUGAGGCCAUCAACAGAGCUAAUUUUACUUCCUGACUUGAACAUGAUUAAAAGAGAAUAGGUUAGUGAGACCAGGGUGUUUCAGCUCUUUAAAUCAAAUGUACUGUUUUCUAGGAUGCACUUUUGCAUUGUAGUACAAGUAUUCAAAGUUGGCCUUGAGAGCCCAUCCAGAUGCCCUCUGACUAACCUCAAUACUCUUAGUGACCUGUACGAAAUCUGAUGGACUUUUACAUGGAGGUAUUUCACAGUCUGGACACUGUGGAACAAUUCUCCAGUCUUCUUUGUGCGAUUGUGUGAUACGCCUGAGUGUUUGUUUGUCUGUGUUUGAGAGCGAGAGGACCAUUUGUUUAUAUACCACUCACUUAUGUCAGGAGUGGGGUUCAGUGACCUGUCACACUGUGCCCACUUAUAAAAAAUAACCCACCCCACAUAAUACACGAAACCUAGCAAAUAUCAAUGUUUUUCAGCAAAUCUCUAUCGUUAUGUAAUGUAUCUCCACUACAAUGUACUCAAUGGGAUACCAUAGAUUCAGUUUGUUCAGGGGUGCAGCGGUUAUUUUUCUUAUGCAAUGCUGUAUGAAAACGUAUAUUUUUAUACACAUCAGGGCAUGAGUUUUAUGAUGUCGUUUUGGUGUGUGAGUACAUGUACGUGUGUUCAGUAACUGUAUUCUUAUCGAUGUUUUCUUAGAAAAAACAAAAACAGAAAAACCUAAACAAAAAAAACAAAAAAAAGUGUGUUGGCAAGGCAGAAAGUGCCAUAAUUUCACUUACUAGUGUCUUACUGAGUUCAUGCAUUAAUCAUAUCAGUAAAAAACAAGGAUUUGAUUUGUAACAUCACCUGACUGUGUUAGAAAGUACCAUUCAGCUUCAAACCUGCAAUGGUUGAAGUACAGCUUUGUGCCCAGAUUAUAGGCAGCUUGACUACUGAAGACAGACAAGAUAUAGUUUGUUUAGUAGCGGAGGGUUUUAACAGUAGGGUCUAAAGCUAAAAAAUAGACCCAGAGAACCAGAUGGUGCACACGUUCAACGCCAAGGGAACGGCUGCAUUCCACCCUCUCGCUUGAACACUGGAGCCCAGUGCGGCUACUGGCAAUGCAGUCCUCUCUUUAGUGUUCUGUUGGACUGGGACAGCCCUUUUGUGUGCCAGACUACAGACAGAUGGUCCACCCCCAGCCUCAUGCUCAAAAGUGACCUAUCCAAUUACUAACACCACAGAUAUCAUCACAGAAAUUAAGUAUGCCAGGCAGACAGUCAUCUAGAGUUUCACAUAUCUUCAGUCAGUAGUGGAUAAAAUAUAAGACGACUGCAUACCUCUAGAGCUAUACGGCACAGGCGACGGGGGCUUAUUUUCAGAGUUGCACUGAGAGAAAGAAGAACAGUCUAGAGUGAGACUAGCAUACCUUAGUCCUUUGUCAUGACGUCACUGCUGGCGUACAUUAAUGGAGAGAGGUCGUCUGAAUGACGGCACCUAACCGCAUGGAAGCUCUAUUACCACUAAAUCUAGCCCUGCUAAAAAUAGCCUUGAGGAGCAUGAAAUGUUACAUUUAUCUAGGGUACUUGAAAUCCGUUUUCUGGGCCAUUAAGCUGAGCUCUGUGUUUCCCAUCAACAACUACAUUAGAGUAAGAAGGCGCCUUCCUAAAAUAAGGAAGGGGAGAGAGACAGUAAGCCUUUAGAAGAGCCUCUGGGAUUAUGUAACCACUGCACCCAAAUGUAGCUCAUUCUACAAAAAUCCAAAUCUCUUGUUACUGAUGAAGUCUCACUAUGAUCCACAAUCACUUUUGUAAUCAUUUAUAGAGCUAAAGGAAAGGUCUUGUGUAGGUAAACUGUCAGCACAAUUAUGUGGCCCUUAUUAGCAAGCGGUCAGAGAUGUGGAAGGGUGCUCUGAUACUGUGAUGUAAUUGUUGUUGAUCAUUUUCUUGCUUUGUUUGUUUCUAUUUGUGUUGUGAACUGAAAUCUGACAAAUACGAUGCACUUUAUGAAAGGAACAUGCUACACAUUGCAAUGUAAGUGUGGAAUGUAAUCCUUCCUAAAAAUGAUUUAUUUUUUAUUACUGUAAAUAUGACAAUAUCAAGACAAAAAGAGAGUGGGUGAGAAAAAAAAAAACAACACGAGGAGAAUACUUUGUCAAAUAAAAUUCAGCAAACUCAAUCACGGUC